AAGCUUUCAUUUGUCUUGCUACCAAAGAAAAGUUUUCUGAAAACUCCGAUCGACAAUGUCAGGAUUGGACCGUUUGCAAAGGAUGUUCGCCGGUGCUGGCGGCGCUUUGGGUCAUCCGCCGCCGGAUUCCCCGACCCUUGAUUCUUCGGAGCAGGUCUAUAUCUCCUCUCUCGCCCUCCUCAAAAUGCUCAAGCAUGGAAGAGCUGGAGUUCCCAUGGAAGUUAUGGGUUUGAUGUUGGGAGAGUUUGUUGAUGAGUACACUGUGCGUGUCGUGGAUGUCUUUGCAAUGCCACAGAGUGGUACCGGUGUUAGUGUCGAAGCUGUGGAUCAUGUUUUCCAAACGAAUAUGCUUGACAUGCUCAAACAAACUGGAAGGCCAGAGAUGGUUGUGGGUUGGUACCAUUCACAUCCAGGAUUCGGCUGCUGGCUUUCUGGUGUCGACAUAAACACACAGCAGAGUUUUGAAGCUUUGAAUCAAAGGGCUGUAGCAGUGGUGGUGGACCCAAUUCAGAGUGUUAAGGGGAAGGUGGUAAUUGAUGCAUUCCGUUUGAUCAAUCCACAAACCAUGAUGCUUGGCCAAGAACCACGUCAGACAACUUCAAAUCUAGGGCAUCUUAAUAAGCCAUCUAUCCAAGCCUUGAUCCAUGGACUAAAUAGACACUACUACUCUAUAGCCAUUAACUACAGAAAGAAUGAACUUGAGGAAAAGAUGCUAUUGAAUCUUCAUAAAAAGAAGUGGACAGAUGGACUGACACUUCGGCGUUUUGAUACCCAUUCGAAAACCAAUGAACAGACUGUUCAGGAAAUGCUUAAUUUAGCUAUAAAAUACAACAAGGCAGUGCAGGAGGAAGAUGAAUUACCCCCUGAGAAGCUAGCAAUAGCAAAUGUUGGGAGACAAGAUGCCAAGAAGCACUUAGAGGAACACGUCUCAAACUUGAUGUCCUCAAACAUAGUUCAGACUUUGGGAACUAUGCUUGACACUGUUGUGUUCUAGACUCUUAGCAUCUGUAUUAACUUCUUUAAGUUAAUGAAUUGCAUCUAUAUUGAUAUCAUAUAUUGUUGGUCAAGUGCACUGUUCAUGCAUUGUUGUGAAGAUUCAAAGAGACUAUCAUGUUGAUUCAUUAAAAUUUUUUAUGCUUUCUUCUCUCUCA